CCGGAUGUGGUUUCAUAUGGAAAAUGGCCCUCGUCCUAACCAGCGCCCAGUGCCUGCUCGUGAAGGGCCCGCCAGGCCACCUCUGAAGGACCCUGAACAUAAGGAGCUCAGAGUGAGGCAGGGGCGGAAUGGUGCUCAUUGAUUCCAAAGCAUCUUUGAUCUGCCAGCCAGAGGGGCCUUUGCUGCUGGUCUUUCUUGGACCAUUCCAGAGAGGACAACCAGGGACUGAGAGGUGAGAGAGCAGAAUGCCCCCUGGGGUUGACUGCCCCAUGGAAUUCUGGACCAAGGAGGAGAAUCAGAGUGUGGCUGUUGACUUCCUGCUGCCCACGGGGGUCUAUCUGAACUUCCCUGUGUCCCGGAAUGCCAACCUCAGCACCAUCAAGAAGGUGUUGUGGCACCGAGCCCAGUAUGAGCCGCUCUUCCACAUGCUCAGCGACCCCGAGGCCUACGUGUUCACCUGCGUCAACCAGACCGCGGAGCAGCAGGAGCUGGAGGACGAGCAGCGGCGGCUCUGUGACAUCCAGCCCUUCCUGCCCGUGCUGCGCCUGGUGGCCCGAGAGGGGGACAGAGUGAAGAAGCUGGUCAACUCCCAGAUCAGCCUCCUCAUCGGCAAAGGCCUCCAUGAGUUCGACUCCCUGCACGACCCCGAGGUGAAUGCCUUUCGCACCAAGAUGCGCCAGUUCUGCGAGGAAGCGGCAGCGCGGCGGCGGCAGCUGGGCUGGGAGGCUUGGCUACAGUACAGCUUCCCGCUGCAGCUGGAGCCCUCGGCCCGGGGCUGGGGGGCCGGCACCCUGCGGGUCCCCAACCGGGCCCUCCUGGUCAAUGUCAAGUUUGAGGGCAGCGAGGAGAGCUUCACCUUCCAGGUGUCUAGCAAGGACGUGCCGCUGGCGCUGAUGGCCUGCGCGCUCCGGAAGAAGGCCACGGUGUUCCGGCAGCCGCUGGUGGAGCAGCCCGAGGACUACACGCUGCAGGUGAACGGGAGGCACGAGUACCUGUACGGCAGCUACCCCCUCUGCCAGUUCCAGUACAUCUGCAGCUGUCUACACAGCGGGCUGACCCCCCACCUGACCAUGGUGCAUUCCUCCUCCAUCCUCGCCAUGCGGGAUGAGCAGAGCGACCCCGCCCCCCAAGUCCAGAAACCACGCACCAAACCACCCCCCAUUCCCAUGAAGAAGCCUUCCUCCUUGUCCCUGUGGUCCCUGGAGCAGCCUUUCUGCGUGGAGCUGAUUCAGGGCAGCAAAGUGAAUGCCGAUGAGCGGAUGAAGCUGGUGGUGCAGGCCGGGCUCUUCCAUGGCAACGAGACGCUGUGCAAGACGGUGUCCAGCUCGGAGGUGAGCGUGUGCUCCGAGCCCGUGUGGAAACAGCGGCUGGAGUUCGACAUCAACAUCUGCGACCUGCCUCGCAUGGCCCGUCUCUGCUUUGCACUUUACGCCGUGAUUGAGAAGGCGAAGAAGGCUCGCUCCACCAAGAAGAAAUCCAAGAAGGCGGACUGCCCCAUCGCCUGGGCCAACCUCAUGCUGUUUGACUACAAGGACCAGCUCAAGACCGGUGAAUGCUGCCUAUACAUGUGGCCGUCUGUCCCAGACGAGAAAGGGGAGCUGCUGAACCCCGCGGGAACAGUGCGGAGCAACCCCAACACAGAGAGUGCUGCGGCCCUUGUCAUCUGCCUCCCUGAGGUGGCCCCCUACCCUGUGUACUACCCCACCCUGGACAAGAUUCUGGAGCUGGGGCGGCACGGAGAGCACGGGCGCUUCAGUGAGGAGGAGCAGCUACAGCUACGGGAGAUCCUGGAGCGGCGCGGGUCCGGGGAGCUGUACGAGCACGAGAAGGACCUGGUGUGGAAGAUGCGGCAUGAGGUCCAGGAGCGCUUCCCGGAGGCGCUGGCCCGCCUGCUGCUGGUCACCAAGUGGAACAAGCAUGAGGAUGUGGCCCAGAUGCUCUACCUGCUGUGUUCCUGGCCCGAGCUGCCGGUCCUGAGCGCCCUGGAGCUGCUGGACUUCAGCUUCCCCGACCGCCACGUGGGCUCCUUCGCCAUCAAGUCUCUGCGGAAGCUGACGGACGACGAGCUUUUCCAGUACCUGCUGCAGCUGGUACAGGUGCUCAAGUACGAAUCCUACCUCGACUGCGAGCUGACCAAGUUCCUGCUGGACCGGGCGCUGGCCAACCGCAAGAUCGGCCACUUCCUCUUCUGGCACCUCCGCUCCGAGAUGCACGUGCCCUCCGUGGCUCUGCGCUUCGGCCUCAUCAUGGAGGCCUACUGCAGGGGCAGCACCCACCACAUGAAGGUGCUGAUGAAGCAGGGCGAGGCGCUGAGCAAGCUGAAGGCCCUCAAUGACUUCGUCAAAGUGAGCUCCCAGAAGACCACCAAGCCCCAGACCAAGGAGUUGAUGCACCUGUGCCUGCGCCAGGAGACCUACCUGGAGGCCCUCUCCCACCUGCAGUCCCCGCUGGACCCCAGCACGCUGCUGGCUGAAGUCUGCGUGGAGCAGUGCACCUUCAUGGACUCCAAGAUGAAGCCGCUGUGGGUGAUGUACAGCAACGAGGAGGCCGGCAGCGACGGCAGCGUGGGCAUCAUCUUCAAGAACGGGGACGACCUCCGCCAGGACAUGCUGACGCUUCAGAUGAUCCAGCUCAUGGAUGUUCUGUGGAAGCAGGAGGGGCUGGACCUGAGGAUGACCCCCUACGGCUGCCUCUCCACCGGGGACCACACGGGCCUCAUCGAGGUGGUGCUUCACUCAGACACCAUCGCCAACAUCCAGCUGAACAAAAGCAACAUGGCGGCCACGGCUGCCUUCAACAAGGACGCGCUGCUUAACUGGCUCAAGUCCAAGAACCCUGGGGAGGCCUUGGAUCGCGCCAUCGAGGAGUUCACCCUCUCCUGUGCUGGCUACUGUGUGGCCACUUACGUGCUGGGCAUCGGUGAUCGGCACAGCGACAACAUCAUGAUCCGUGAGAACGGGCAGCUCUUCCAUAUUGAUUUUGGCCACUUUCUGGGGAAUUUCAAGACCAAGUUUGGAAUCAACCGUGAGCGAGUCCCGUUCAUCCUCACUUACGACUUUGUGCACGUGAUCCAGCAGGGGAAGACCAACAACAGUGAGAAAUUUGAAAGAUUCCGGGGUUACUGCGAACGCGCCUACACCAUCCUGCGACGCCACGGGCUGCUGUUCCUCCACCUCUUUGCCCUGAUGCGGGCCGCUGGUCUGCCUGAGCUCAGCUGCUCCAAAGACAUCCAGUAUCUCAAGGACUCUCUGGCCUUGGGAAAGACAGAGGAGGAGGCCCUGAAGCACUUCCGGGUGAAGUUCAACGAAGCCCUGCGGGAGAGCUGGAAGACCAAAGUGAACUGGCUGGCCCACAACGUGUCCAAGGACAACAGGCAAUAGCUGCCCGCGAGCCGCCAUCACAGGCUCCGGGCACCCGGGACCCUCGGCCGUCCUUUGGGGCUGAAAAGCCUGAUGGAACCCCACGGGCGAGAACCUAUACACUGCCUUUUGUUUACACUGGUUAUUUAUUUGUGACUUGAAAUGUUUCAGGAGCUAAACAGCCAUAAAUGGAAAUGUACCCUUUGUGCAGGGGAGGGGCGCCAUCCUCCAGCGCCCCCCGAUCCGAGCCCCGGGCUCUGAAGGGGAGUCACUGUGAGUCGGGCACCUCCGAGGCUGCGUCUUGCUAAGGACUGUCACCCCGAGUCUUCCAGCUGGUGAAUCAGAACCCAGCCAAAACUGCUCUCGCCGCCGCCACCGGGAAGCCUGCCUUCUUCCCGGGCUCUGGCUGGGCUGCAUGGGGCUUGGCGCCUGGCGGUCGCCCUGGUGACAGGGCGCCCAUGACUCUAUGCCCCCCUCCACCUUCGCGCUCUCCACUGACCAAGCGCCGGGCAGCUCCCAGAGGAAGCCUGGGCACCCUCCAGAUUCAGGGAUGCUUGCUUUCCACUUUUAAAGUGACUCUUGGGUACGGGAAUUCUCUCAUCUCUCUGCUGUAAAGCGAUUUUGUUUGCGGGUAAGAAAGAAAGUAGCCAGACUACUCACUGAACCUCAAUGGCUCAGAAUGGCCUCAGCCCCAUAAAGCUUAAUAUAUGCUGGUCCUCAAGACAUUGAAAAGAUGGGAGCUUGGUUUGCGCGCCACCGUGGAUCAAGGCAAACGCGGUCAGAGUGCUCUGUGCAGUUACCUGUCUCCUGCCUCAUAAAGCAGGUUUUGAGGACGGGAGGGCUUGAUCUCCAAAAUUCCCCCCUUUAGUCUGUGUGCGCAACAGCUCUCAGAAGCGCGAGUCCGGUCGGUGAUGGAAUGUCUGUCUCUGAUGGGACUUGGCUUGAAGCAGCUCAGGUUUUGCCUUUGGUGCACAUGAAGAGCUCUAGAAAUGCCCGCUUCCUGGGCCCCUCCCGGCCGUCUGAGGCCAUCUCCGGAGAGGGGGCUGAGAAUCUGGGUUUCUCGAAGCCCACGGGUGAGCCUAAUGUUAGCCGCCACCUUGGGCCCCGCCCAGCUCUAUGACUGGUCUCUCAAAGGCCUGGCAAGGCCUGGCAGAGCCGGGAGCGGGAGCGGCUGCCCUCUGGACCACCUUCUUCAGUUAGAAGCAGCCAGAAGCAGACAGUGCCGCCCACAGAACACCACUGGCCACACUCUUGUCCCCAGCAAAGUGCUGAACUCACUCGCCCCGCCUCACCGGUUUGGAAAUAGGAGAAGCCGAGUGUAUGUCUCUAUGUUAUGUUAUUUAUUUAAACGAGUCUCUGCUUCCUGGCGUUCUGGUUUGGGUACACGGCCUGUGUGCCUGGAGAAAAGAGUAUUUUCUUUUUUUUUUUUUUU